GUUUCACUAUGCUCUAUUGGCCUACACCACUGAUAAUUCUCAUCAUAACAGAGCACACCAAACAGGAAAGUAUUUACCCCACUCACUAUGAUCCUGAGGACGGAGAGACGUUCGACUUCAUCGUUGUGGGGGCAGGGUCUGCGGGGUCGGUGGUGGCCAAUCGUCUGACGGAGCCUUCUGAUUGGUCGGUCCUGGUCAUUGAAGCUGGGUACGACCCUCCACUACCCUCAGACAUGCCUGUGCUCUUCCCCUGGCUGCAGAAAACAGAGAUAGAUUGGAGGUACAAGACUGAACCGGGAUUUGGACACUGUCUCGGUAUGGAGGACCAGAGGUGUUACUGGCCGAGAGGAAAGGUACUUGGUGGAACAAGUGUGAUUAACUUCAUGAUCUAUGUAAGGGGCAAUGCAAAGGAUUACGAUGGGUGGGCGAGAGAUGGCAACGUAGGAUGGGCGUACAAAGACGUUCUCCCCUACUUCAAGAAGUCCGAAGAUAUAAGAGCUGAAGAGGUCUUGGAUACCCCGGGUUAUGAAUAUUAUCACGGUAAAGGUGGUUAUUUGAAAGUAGAAACAUGGGAAAAGGAAGAAGUUCAACCCUUGGUCGAUCAUUUCAUCAGUGGAAUGCACGAAAUAGGACACAAUCUAAACAAGGAUUGUAACGGUGCAACACAAACCGGAUAUGCAACAUUGCAAGCGACUCAGGAAGACGGACGACGGUGUAAUACUGCCAAAGCGUUCUUAGCACCGAUCAAAAAAAGAAAUAAUUUAAAAAUAUGUAAAGGUGCUCUGGCUACUAAAAUAUUGAUAAGUGAAGACGGAAAAACCGCUUCUGGUAUUGAGUUUACAAACAGAGAUGGUGUAUCGUUAAAAGUCUUUGCUCGGAAGGAGGUGAUUUUGUCUGCUGGAGCUGUUAACAGUCCACAACUGUUGAUGUUGUCUGGGAUUGGUCCAAGAAAACAUUUAGAGGAACACAACAUCACAGUGGUUCAAGAUUUACCAGUCGGAGAAAACUUACAAGACCACGUUCUAACAUAUGGAAUGGUCAUUACACUCAACUACACAAAACCUGAUGAAGGAGUAGUGGCAGCGUUCUUAAAGUACGUAUUUAAAAAACAAACCCAUCUUUCCGGAUUCGGCCUCGGUUCUCUGACAGCAUUUAUUGACUUGAUUGACAACGAUGACAAUCCAGACAUUCAAAUGUAUUUUGUCGAUUUCUCCCAAGAUUUCCCAGGUUUAAAAAGAAUUUUAUCCGACACGGGUCUCCGGAAAGAUAUAAGAGAUCAGUAUGCAAAACUUCACUCUGAAUCGUACAUAGUUCUUGUUCUCACUUCAUUGCUCAAUCCGUACAGUAAGGGAAGAAUUUCAUUGAAAUCUAAAGACCCCACGAUGCAGCCUAAAAUAGAAGCUGGGUAUUUCUCUAAUUACAAAGACAUUCAGACACUUCUGACCACCUAUGAUAUAGCGACAAGUUUGGUAAAAACAACCGGCCUUAGGAGAGUCAACGCAGAGCUACAUGAAAUUAACGUCACAGAGUGCAAUAGAUAUCCAUUUGCUUCAAUAGCAUAUAGAGACUGUUCUCUUAGAUAUUUGACAGCAACAACUUACCAUCCAAGUGGCACGUGCAAGAUGGGUCCUGCAAGCUCUUCAGAUUCAGUGGUUGAUCCAUACCUCAGAGUUAAAGGUGUCAACAAUCUGCGGGUGAUUGAUGCAUCUAUCAUGCCUAAUAUUGUAAGGGGUAACAUCAAUGCUCCGGUUAUUAUGAUAGCUGAAAAAGGAUCCGAUCUCAUUAAACAAACGUGGUUGCCAAAAAGUGAUUAG